AUGUCCGAAUCCACCUACAGGAAUUUUGCCGUUGCCGGCGUCGGCACUAUAGGCAAAUACAUCCUCGAAGAACUGCUCAACCAGAAAGCCGCUGGCAAAGUAGACGAGAUCGCCGUCAUCAGCCGCGCAGAGUCCCCUAGCCCUUCCAUCCCAUCCCAAGGAGUAAAAUACAUCCAAACAGACUACAGUCCCUCAUCCCUCCCCGACCUCGUCUCCGCCCUCACCAAAUAUAAAAUCGACGUUGUAAUUUGUACCGUCGGUAUUCCUGCGCUCUUCGCGCAGCAAAUGGUGCUCGCCUCCGCAUGCAAAGAAGCCAAAGUCGGGACCUUCAUACCCUCUCAUUUCGGGCUGCGUCCAGGGAGGCCGAACGUCCCUACGGAUAUCGAAUUGAAGGAGAAGUUAGGGAAUGGGCCGGAUGGGGUGGGGUUGACGACGACGAUUGUGGGGAGUUUUGCGGAUAUGAUAUUCAAGACCGUGUCAGUAUUUCACAUAACAUUGGAGAUGGGAGGCGAGGCUUUAAUUCCCGGAGACGGUACGACUCCCGUUUCCUGGACAGGCCGUCGAGACAUAGCGCGAUACAUCGCCUACAUCGUCACCACUCUCCCUCCUUCAAAGCUCCGAGACCGCACCUUGCGCUUCGAAGGCCAACGAAUCUCCCUCAACGCAAUAGUCAAAGAAUACGAAGCCCUCACGGGCAAGAAAAUCAAUGUGACGUUCCUGCCCAUCGAAGAACUGGAAGAAAACGUGAGAAAGAAUCCGAAUGAUUGGGGGAGCAGGUUACGGUUGACGUGGGCCAAGGGCGAGGGCUUGGUCAAUUUUGGGGAGGAUAGCGAUGUCGAUAAUUUUGAGUAUCCGGAGUGGAACCCGAAGUCGGUCGUGGAUAUUAUACUGGGAAAAGAUUGA